ACAGUUGACUUAGCAAACAGUAGUUAUUUGUUGACAACAUGAAUACCUUCCUCUGCCUUAUUGUGCUCAUUGGAUGUGCUGUUGUGGCUUCCGCCAAGCCCCGAGUUGUGGGUGGAGAAGAAGCCAAGCCCCAUGAAUUCCCCUACAUGAUUUCCCUCCAAUGGCUGGACAACCCGGAGCAGAAGCAUUUCUGCGGUGGAUCAAUUCUCAAUGAAAAUUGGGUUCUUACAGCAGGGCAUUGCAUUAAAGCCUUCAGCAAUGUUACGGGGAUGACUGAAAUUGUUGCUGGAGCUCAUCUUAUCUCCCAACCAAGCCAGUAUGAGCAGAGGAGGAAGCCCAAGUCAAUCAUUGUCCAUGAAUCAUACGACAUGGCAAAUAGUCCGGGACCAUAUGAUCUUGCUCUCAUUGAAGUUGAUGAACCUUUCGUAUUCAAUGAAUACGUCGGGAGUCUCAGCUUACCCGCAGAUGAGCCAUUCUAUCCAACUGGAAGCCUCACAAUCACAGGCUGGGGAUCAACAUCAACCGAUGAAAUUCCCGAAUAUUCCGAUAAGCUUCUCAAGGCUGACGUUGAUAUGGUCACAUUGGAGAUGUGCUACAGAAUGUACGCCAAUGGUCCGCUCCACGACACGAAUCUCUGUGCUGGAGAUCGCUACAAAGUUCCCUGCAAUUGUGACUCCGGUGGCCCACUCGUUGAUAUUGAUUCCACAGGAAAGGUUGUCGUCUAUGGUAUUGUUAGCUGGUCCUACCAACCAUGUGGAGUGCCAGGGAAGACUGCUGUCUUCGUGAAUGUUUCGUACUUCGUAAAUUGGAUUCAGGAGAGAAUUUUCAGCAAGCAAAAUUAAUCAUUGAUUGUCCGGAAUGCAAAGAAUUGAAGGAUAAAUAAAUGAAUUUUAAACUCUUA